UAUUAGUAGUGUGGUUACCCUUAUUGUUGACUCUAAACCAGUCUCUGUUCUCUGUCACAUGGGUGAUUUUGGAUGUGGAGAUGGUGGAUGGACGCCGGUUUUGAAGAUUGACGGCCGUAAGGCAACCUUUCGCUAUAGUUCCCCUUACUGGAGUGAUUAUGAGGAAUUCAACCAAGUAGGAGGCAAGACUGGUUUUGACGAGCAGGAAUCAAAGCUACCUACCUACUGGAACACGUCUUUCACCAAGAUCUGUCUCGGUAUGAAGAUCGAACAACAGCUCAGGUUCACUGUCAUCAACAAAGAGGGUGACUCUCUGCACUCUCUCAUUGCUGACGGAGAAUUCCGUGCCAUUCCUUUGGGUCGUCAAACAUGGAAGUCACUGAUUGGUUCAAGGGCCUCUUUGCAACUCAACUGCAACAAGGAAGGGUUUAAUGCAGGUGGUGACACUGCCAGAUAUUCCAAAGCAAGGAUUGGUAUUGUUGGCAACUUUGAAAACGAAUGCAACUCAUGUAACUCAAGGAUUGGAUUUGGUUCGGAAGGUAGACCUGAUGACUCGAACACUUGCGGAAACGAGGCGAACCCGAGGGGUCCAGAUAAUGGAGAGAAGCAUAUCAAAGCCAUUGGAUAUAUCUUUGUGCAGUGA